AUGGAUACCAAGCAGUUGUUCAGUGUCGCGGGUAUGGUGGCUUGUAUCACUGGAGGUGGCACAGGAAUUGGUCGCAUGAUGACCACGGCCUUUGCCAACAACGGUGCCAAGAGAGUCUACAUCGUUGGUCGACGGAAGGAGAAACUCGAUGAGACUUUCAAGCUGGCUCCAGACAUCAUCGUUCCACUGGUCGGUGAUGUCACGUCGAAGGAGUCUUUACUCGACCUCGUGGACCAGAUCAAGGCAGAUACUGGAUUCCUAAACUUGCUCUGCUGUAAUAGCGGUACCAUGCCUCCUGCUCUCAAAGCAAAGUCCGGUACAGCCAGUCUAGCUGAGUACCGAAAGGCCGCACUGGACAGUGAGGUGGAAGACUGGGCGCAGACGUUCGCCACGAAUACUACAUCCAUUUUCUUCAAUGUCUUUGCUUUUGCGGAGCUUCUGGAUGCUGGGAAUGUAGAGGGCAAUUGUCAGGGAAGGAAGAGUCAGGUGAUUGUUACGAGCAGUAUCGCUGGCUACUCCCGCCUUCCAGGCUCAUUAGGUGCGUACCCAGCCAGCAAAGCCGCCGCUACUCACAUGGUCAAACAACUUGCCGGAGCCUUAGUCCCGUACUCGAUCCGCGUCAAUGCCUUGGCGCCAGGUCUCUUCCCGUCUGAUCUGGCAGCGGGUAUCAUUGCGGGUGGUGGAGCUAACAAGGAGCCGACUGAGGAAGGUGCCUUUGAGAAGUCUUUUAUACCUGCCGAGCGGCUGGGCAAGAGUGAGGACAUGAUUGGGACUGUGCUGUAUAUGGCUUCAGCCGCAGGAGCGUAUCUGAAUGGGAACAUCACCGUGCUUGAUGGUGGACGGAUCACGCAAUUACCUGCGACAUAUUGA